AUGAAGCAUACAAGAUGCACGCUGUUAUUGCAAUUGAUUGUUGUUGCUGCAACUGAUGGUCAUCGAACCCAACUGCCAUCAACUAAUUUGGUUCAGUGGGAGACAGAAGGUGAGGGAAGACAGGAAAGAGUUUUUGAACACCAGCUGCUCGACAAAACUCCUCAACGAAAAAUCUGGUCAAGAGUGUGUUUGUACUUGGAAAACUGCAAACACUCGGACAUAUGGUAUGGCUUCAUUUUGAUAUCAGGUUGUUCAAGACCAAUGGCUGACAGAGUUUUAGAGAUUUGUUGUUUGUUUCGUUUCGUUGCAGGUUUAAUGAAGAUUUCAACACUUCAAACUUCUGUUUUAAACCCAGACAACAAAGCUUACUUCAAAUCAAGAUUUAGAGUGGUAUCAGCCACUUGGUCAGAGUGGUAUCAGCCACUUGGUCAGAUGGAUGCAAUCGACGUUGACUAUCAGUAUGACCGGAAUUAUAUUGAAGGUGCAAAGAGUGGUAGAAGAUCAUUUAUAAAGCAGCAAAGUAAAAUAAAAUUGACUCAAGCAACAUACUUUACUGUAGCUACCAAUUAGAACAAUGUAAUAUACUUCCAAACAAAAGUGACACCUUCCGACCCCCGCAACGCGGGGGUCACCUUUCUAGUUUACUCUUAUUUUUUUGUGAAAA